AUGUCUGAAUACGUACCCGGUUCUUUGGCUCAAUCUUUACUGAAACAAGCGUCUUCUAUAAAGAAUGAACUUGAUAUCUUAUUCCAAAAUAAUAUAGGUCAAGCCAAAUCUAAAAUAAAGUUGGAAGAAAAAACGGUAACAAAUACAAAAAGCCACCCAAAAAACCAUACAAUAAUUGAAGAAACCAGUGAAAUUGGUCGCAAACGUAAAAAAAAAAAGACCUUAAAGAAUAUUUCUCAUGAUGACGGCAUACAGGCUGAUUCUUCAGAAAGCAAGAAAGAGGGAGAAUUCAAAAAGAAAUCGAUUGAAGAAUUAUACGAGAUGAAAUUAGUCAAAGGAAAAGACAAAGAAUCAGAAAAUUCUUUAUCAAAAAUCAAACGGAAAAAUUCUCAUGGCGAACCUGAAGAAACAAAUUUGUUUCACGAAACUAAUUUUAAGCGUAAACGUUCAGAAGAAAAAACAAAUCCUUCAAAUAAUAAAAAGGUGCCAGAAGAUAAUGAACUCGAUGAUAUGCGUGCCAAAAAACGUAUAAAGGCUACCAUACAUGACACGAAAGAGGAAAACGGAAAAAUCAAAACUAUGGACGCUCAAAAUACUAAUAAUUCGACAGAAAUUAAAGAAUUGACAGCAAAAGAAAAGGAGGAUCCGGAACGUUUACAGAAAACGAUAUUUAUUGGUAAUCUUCCUGUUAGUGUAAUUAAAAAGGCCAGUAGCAAAAAACUGAAGGCCCAUUUUUCCAGAUUUGGACGAAUCGAAAGUAUUCGGUUUCGAUCGAUUUCAUUUUCUGAACCACUCCCUCGGAGAAUUGCCUUUAUCAAUAAAAAGUUGCAUCCUGAACGAGAUGUUCUUAAUGCAUAUAUCGUAUUUAAAGAGAAAUCUUCUGUUCAAGGUGCACUCUCUAUGAAUUCCCAAAUUUUUAUGGGAAAGCAUUUACGAGUAGAUUCUGUAGCUGAUCCACAGAAUCAUGAUAGGAAGCGGUCAAUUUUUAUAGGCAACUUGUCAUUUGAUGCAGAAGAAGAGAUGCUUUGGAACCAUUUUGAAAAUUGUGGUGAAAUUGAAAACGUUAGAAUCAUAAGAGAUAGCAAAACAAAUGUGGGUAAAGGCAUUGCAUAUGUUCAAUUCAAGCAACGUUCUUCAGUUGAGCUCGCACUUAAACUUAACGAUACUAAAAUUGGAACUCGACAGAUUCGUGUUACAAGGUGUGCGAAGACAAAACAGAUCGAUACCGGCAAAUAUUCUUUCGGCAUUCGUGCUCAUGGUAAAAAAAAAUGGUAG